UGCUGGCAACGGAAGCAGAGCGGACGGAGACGCAGAAGCGAGCAGAGAGGAGUCAGUGUCGGAAUGUGCAAGAAGGCGCGGGUGGCGAGUCUCGCAGGACGCUUCCGUUCAGCGGUCGUGCGGCGGGUCGAGUAGGAUUUUUUGCAGGAGGAAACGCAAGUCCAGCGUCGAGGCGAAAGAGACAGCGGCCUGGUGACCGAGGCCACUGCCGGCGCUCCAGAGAGGAAGCACGCCACGAGACAGACAAGCGAACAGCUCCCGGUUUUGCGCUUUGCGGGUGCGCGUCUCGCUUCCCCAGAAGGUCGCCGUCGACCGCCUGCACCCCUGGUGUAUGUACACCGAAGCUUGACGCGCCAGCACCCGCCCGUGACCUGUGCGGCACUGAGGGACGGGGGGGACCAGGAAGCUUUUCAAAUCAAAUUCUUUUGAGACCAAAGCCAGCAACGCCCUGCGUUUAAGCAGCAAUUGCUUGACGUUUUUAUCGAGCUCCACGCUCCUUGACUUCCAGUCUUUUCCCCCGCGACCCGGCCUGCUUCCAGUUGCGUCGCCUUCGCCUGUUUGUCCUCUCGCAAACGGAUUUCCUGCAUUCCAACACGCAGAAGCUUCAGCUUCGCUCCGAACCUCAAACUCCACCAAUCGCUUUUGUCCGCAGUUCAAGAUGACUUUCUUGUCCUUCUUUAAGUGCGCCAAGGGCACCACCAGCGCCCACCCCGAAGCUGAUGCUGUGGAGACUUUUUUCGAAAGUCAGGCAAGCAGUCAGUCUCACCUUUUCUCCCCUCAGCUCGCCGACGAAGCCACUCCCAACGAGGUGGCGCGUCGCCAUUUCAAGCCUGUCCUUCCUCCUGUCUUCUCCUCGCCCACUGGCGUCGUCACCGUUCCUUGCAACGACACAGACCUCGUCAACAAGCAGGAUGAGGUGAACAACGCCCCUCACGUGCUGUCUGCACAAGAUCAGGACAUCUUGGCAAGUCUCUUCCCCAACACAAUCAACACAAACUUCUGUCUGCUCGCGCCCGCUUCCGGCGACCGCCAGGCCUCCUCCGAGCCUCUUCGCGUCGGUGUCGUUCUCUCUGGCGGUCAAGCUGCCGGUGGCCACAAUGUCAUCUGCGGUAUCUUCGACUACGUCAAACGCGUGAACCCGGCGAGCACCGUCUUUGGUUUUUUGGGGGGCCCUCACGGCGUCUUCAGCCACGAGUACGUCGAGCUGACGGAGGCGAUCAUCGACAAGUACAGGAACAUGGGAGGCUUCGACAUGAUUCGCAGCGGUCGCCAUAAAAUCGAGACGGACGAGCAAAAACAGAAGAGUUUGGAAAUUUGCGAAAAACUGCAGCUUAACGGCCUCGUCGUCAUCGGCGGAGACGACUCGAACACCAACGCCGCCAUCCUCGCGGAGUACUUCAAGUCCAAAGGUAGCUCGACCUCCGUUUGCGGAUGCCCCAAGACGAUCGAUGGAGACCUGAAGAAUCGCUUCGUCGAAAUUUCGUUCGGCUUCGACACUGCGUGCAAGACGUACUGCCAGCAAAUCGGAAACCUGAUGCGGAACGCCAUGACUGGAGGAAACACUUACCACUUUGUUCGCCUCAUGGGUCGUAGCGCCUCGCUCAUCACCCUCGAAUGCGCUCUCCAAACGCACCCGAACUACACCUUCAUUGGCGAAGAAGUCAUGGCGAAGAAGCAGUCGCUGCGUCAGCUGGUGGAGGCGCUGGUCGACCUCGUCGAGGCGCGCUACGCCAAGGGGAAGCAGUAUGGCGUCGUCCUUCUUCCUGAGGGGCUCAUCGAGUUCAUUCCCGAAGUUGGCGUCCUGAUCAACGAGAUCAACCACAUCGUGGCCGCGGGCGACUUCGAAGUCUCCAAGUUGACGCCUGAGAGCCGCUCCGUGUUCGAGGAGCUUCCUGAAUCAACUCGUCGGCAACUGCUUCUCGACCGCGACCCUCACGGCAACGUUCAGGUGGCGAUGAUUCACACUGAGAAGCUGUUGAUGCAGAUGACGGAGUCCGAGCUACAGAAGCGUGGGUUCCAGGGAACUUUCCUCGCGCAGUCGCACUACCUCGGCUACGAGGGCCGCAGUGGAUACCCCUCGGACUUCGACGCCACGUACUGCUACGGCCUGGGCAAUGUCGCCGGUGCUCUCAUUCAAAACAAGGUGACUGCAUGCAUGGCAGUUUUGAAGGACAUGAGCUCGUCGUCGAACCCUCUCGACUGGAAAGCGGCUGGCAUUCCUUUGACGAAGAUGAUGAAUUUGGAGACUCGCAAAGGGAAGGCGAAUGUUCCUGUUAUCAAGAAGUUCCUUGUUGAUAUCGAGCGUCCGCUCUUCCAGGCGUUUGCCCAGGUACGCGACGCGAUGCGCCUGGAGGACGUCUAUCAGAUCCCCGGACCCAUGCAGCUGAAUACGCCGACUCCGGUUCUCCCGUACACGUUGGUUGGCGCGCCGUCUACGGCGUCGCUGUUGUCGAGUUCCUCUCCCCAGAGUCUGGGUCACUCGCGACUCGAGUUCGAGCCUCUGCUGAAUCCCCUGCUGCUCCAGAAGGAGACGGCGGUCGUCGCGGGCGCUGCUGCUCAUCCCGGAGCCGAAGCAUGCAACGCUCACAUUCAGGCGCUCUUCCCCGCUCUCGGUGCAGAGGCGAAGGACUUCUUCGGGGGUGCAUGCAAGCUCCAGAAGGCGCAGAAAAUCAAGGAGAAAUGCGCAGUGGGCGUUGUCCUCGUCGGUCCGGAACGCCCUGGCUACGCGAACGUCCUCUGCGGCCUCGUGCAGCGCGUCGCUCUCCUUGGCGGAACUGUCAAAGGUUUCAAGGGCGCGCGGGGUCUCCUCACAAACGACUGCGUGGUUAUCGGAGAAAAGGAAGCUGCCGCGCAAAGGAACCAACCUGGAUUCGUUCUUCUCGGCCGCACAGAACGCGAAGAAGCUGAGCUCUUCACCAAGGAGGGCAUGAAGCAGGCAGCUGCGACUCUCCAGGCAGCGGGGGUGGCUGCGCUGGUGAUGAUCGGAGGCACAACUUUGCAUGCGGCGGUUCUCUCUGAACUCCUCGCCUCGCAGCGACAGCCCAUUCGCGUCGUCUGCGUCGAGCCUUCUGGAGACUUGGGCAGGUUCCCUGCACACGGUGCUCUUCAGCUCCUGAAGGAACUGACUGGCAAAGACAUCGUCGUCGGAAGCCCCGAUGCCAAAGCAAUGUGCCCGGGCAUCUCUUCGACUUUCCAGCAGCUCGCGGGCUGCCGGGGCCUGGGUUUCGACACCGAAACCAAGGUUGCGUCGGAAAUGAUCGCCAACCUUUUGACCGACAGCAACAGUGCAGCGAAGUACUUUUAUUUCUGCCAAGUCUCCGGGGGGCUGGAAGCCGAGUGCGAGGUUGGACUGCAGACUCAUCCGAACGUCGUCCUGUCGUCGCAGCAGUUCAAGACCAAGACGCUCGGCGAAAUCGUCACGUUCGUCGCCGACGCCGUGAAGGCUCGCGCAGCUCUAAAGAAGAACUUCGGUGUUGCCGUCAUCAACGAGAACCUCUUCGCUCUCAACAAGGAGUUGCGCGACUUGGCGGUCGAGAUUCACCUCCACUUUUUGACGCAUCCGCCGCAGCCCGCCUCAGGUGUCUGCCUAGCGCUGACUGCCGAUGAAGAGGCAGCGCUGAUGGCUGCUCUGUCGCCUGCGUCUCGGGAGCUCUUCACUUCGCUUCCCGUCACCUUCCAACACAAGCUGAUACGCGACAUCGAGGUCCACCAGUUCCCCAAGGCAAUCCUCAGAUUCCCCGCACAUGAACUCAUUGCCGCGAUGGUCGCUGCGGUUCUGAAAAAGGAGAAGGACGCAGGCACAUUCUCGGGCAGCUUCUCGCCCCUCUGCUUUGAAUUCAGUGACUCGCUCCGGGCGUCUUAUCCGUCGCUGUACGACUGCAGUUUGGGUUCGACGUUGGGUCACCUGAGUGCCAUGUGCGCGACGAUGCAUGCGCUGCCGUCGCACGCAGUGCAGGUCUCUGUGGCGAAUCCGACGAGCUGCCCCACAGUCUUCGAGCCUCUGGUCCUGCCGCUGGCAGCCUCUGCGGCGCAGCUGCACGGCCUGUGUGUCUCUUCCGCGGCUGUUUCGGAGACACCCGCAAACGGCGUCUUCUCUGUCGCCGAGGGCGACGCUCUCUUUGCUCUCUCGGAGAGUGCAAGCGAAGAUGCAGUCUCCCAGCUCGUCGCUCAGGGCAUGCAAAGCGGAUGGGUCGAAGCGGAGAAGUACUGCAACCCGGGUCCUCUGCAGUUCGCCGAACCGGCGAAGGACUACUACUACUCUCGCUCGCUCUUCGAGGUCCUCAAGGGCGCCAUGAAAAGCGAAGCGUGCGGCGCGGCUGCAUGCAGAGACCAAUAGAGAGGAGAGGCUGUGGAGGAGCGACCGGUGCUGAGUUGGAGUUUGGAAUUCUCUGUCGCGGUGCCAGUCAGAGCACAACUGAGACGACACCAGAGGCUCUGGGACAGACGAGAAGAGUAGUUUUGGGGAACGGCGCUUUGAAGUCGUUGCUGAGGGUGUGUCGAGAGAAAAGGUUUUUAUAUUCUUGUUUGUGGGGGAGGCGCCGUUCUGUAAUGUGUUUGUUCACCUCACGCCGAAGGUUGUUCCAUAAUGAGUAGUGAAGAGCUAGCGAGGAGAGAAGCGCGGGGAGUGAGAGACCGGCGCUUCCUUCUCGCUGUCUCCGUUCGCUGGUUCCCAAGAGAAAAGCUCCUCUGCCAGGUUUCCUUGAGGCGGGCUUGUAAAACACUCUCUGCUAGGAAACUUGUUCUGAGAAAGUCGGCUUUCAAGUGUGGCGAAAUCUGGAACGGUGGGGGUCAGACCCUAAGCCGCCAGGACAUGUCGCCGUAGGUCGGCGAGCCACAGCGAGACUCCGGCAGAAAAAAACCUCCGUUUGGCAGGAAGUAGAAAGUCGGAAGUACACACUCCACAGCCAGCGUCACACCUAUAGAGAAGAGAGACAAAGGAAGUUUAUUCAUAGACAUAUCUGUGUGUGGCCGUGCAGUGUGUGUAGAAGACUGGAAACUCGCUUGUGGGUGGGAGUGUGGAGAGAGAGAGGACGCGAAUCGUUCGCCAGCACGACGCAGGCGCAGGGAUUCGUCAUUUGCAGAAACGCAGGACAAAAUAAAGCGACGGGAGAAGUUAUCUUCAGUAGAAGAACCGUAGCGUCUCAAAGUUCCCAGUUGCCAGAGCAGCC